AUGGGACCCGUGCAAAACAGUGAUACGAGGACGAUGCAGCUGUACGGAGCGCUGUCGCUUCUGCUUCUAAUUGGCUUAGUUGCCGCGGCUCCCAGGCCCGACAAUAGCGUAGAAAGCAAAGAGAGCGCAGAAAGCAAAGAGAGCAGUGAGAACGACCACGUGACUAUCACUAAGGACUUCUAUCCAUCAUCGCUGGCCGUGUACAGCGGCGAACACGAGAUCGUGGACAUCUUGGUGCCGCUGAACUCGAUGAACUUCGACGAUGACUCAGAAGACGACGACACCAGCGACGACGAUGAGCUGAUCAUCUUCUUCGUCGAGGCGGAUGUGGACGCGGCCGGCGGCAGAGUGGACAAAGGACUGUACAUGCUGCGCGGUGGGAAAGCGCAGAAGCUCCUGGAAAACGGACGUGACGCCGCCGCCUCCAGCGAUGACAGCAAAGAGGUGUUCCUCGCCGCCUCCGAUGGGAUCUACGUUUACAAGUACAACGACACCGCGCCGGUCAAGUACGGAACGUUCGGCGAAGGCGUGAUCUCUAUCGCUAAGGAGAACAACACCGACGCUGUAUACGCGCUGACGGAUUCGCGCCACCUCUACAAGGUCACGGAUCAGGGUCAGCAGUGGACGAAAGUGGAGGAAGCGACCGGCGCUAAAGAGAUAGUUUUGGACUUCUCCAACAAUCUGUAUUUCUACGGGGACGAUUUGCAGCCGUACGUUAUCAAAGACGGCGCGAAGAAGAUCCAAGGCCUCCCGGCCGAUCCGAAGUCGGUCAGACUGUUGAACCCACCGUUCAUUCUAGACGACGGGGUUCCGUUCGUUUCGGACAACGUCGCUUACAUCUUAUAUGCUAACGGUACCAGCGAGGAGGGAGGGUUCGAUUUCAAACCCAACGCGAGGCCGUCAGCCUACGGCGUGGAUGCGGUGUUGAUCCAGUACUACGCUUACAACAAGAAGAUCUACGAGUACAACAUCCUAACGAUCCUCCUUUCGGACAUUUUGGAAGAACUGAAGAGUUAUCUGAAUACCAAUUCGGGGUCGAUACGGUCGAUGGCCUCUCGCCCUAGGACCAAACUGCAUCCGAAC